CACCACCACACAUAGUCUCUCUCUCUCUCUCAUUUGUCUCUUUCAUUUCCUCCCUUUUUCUUCUCUCUCAUCAACCAAUUCACACUCUCUCACUCCCUAGCUCACUCUUCAAAAAAAUCCACCACUUUUUCUUUUUUUCUCCAAAUCUUUUCUCAAGCUCCUUUUCAUCAGGAAUCUCUAUGAACCCACAAAAACCUUUCACCCGCUCUCCCUUUGUCUGCUAGGGUUUUGAUUUACGGCAAUGCUGAGCUCCCACCUCCAUUUUGAACAAAUUCCGUGAGCUCCCUUAAUAUACAUAUAUAUUCUUUUUCUUCACACAUCUAAAAUGGCGUUGAAAAUGGGGAACAACGUUUUUGUUCUGCUUCUCACUCUUCUUCUUCUCGUUGGUGGUGUUUAUUCUGUUUCUGCCCCUUCCUCACCUGCAAGAAUUGUUAAUGGGUUGUUCUCGAAUGCAUUUUCCAUGCUGAUGAAAUGGAUUUCAUCUCUCAAGACCACAACUAAAACUGCUAUAGCAGGGCGUCCGAUGAUGAAAUUUGAGGGUGGUUAUAAUGUGGAGACUGUGUUUGAUGGUAGCAAGCUUGGGAUCGAACCCUACUCUGUCGAGGUUUUGCCUGAUGGUGACCUUCUUAUUCUUGAUUCUGCUAACAGCAACCUUUACAAGAUUUCAUCCUCUUUGUCCUUGUACAGCAGGCCAAGAUUGGUUUCAGGGUCUGCAGAUGGAUACUCAGGACAUGUUGAUGGUAGAUUGAGGGAAGCCAGGUUGAACCAUCCUAAGGGGGUUACAGUUGAUGAUAGAGGAAACAUUUACAUUGCCGACACAGAUAAUAUGGCAAUUCGGAAGAUUAGUGAUACAGGGGUCACAACAAUAGCUGGAGGAGGCAAACGGGGCCGUGGGGGUGGACAUGUGGAUGGACCAAGUGAAGAUGCAAAAUUUUCAAACGAUUUUGAUGUUGUUUAUCUUGGAAGCAGCUGUUCUCUUCUUGUUAUCGACCGUGGGAAUAAGGCAAUUAGGGAAAUACAACUCCACUUUGACGAUUGUGCCUAUCAGUAUGGAAGUGGUUUCCCUCUUGGAUUUGCCGUGCUUGUGGCUGCCGGCUUCUUUGGUUACAUGCUAGCUUUGCUUCAGCGUAGGGUCGGUUCAAUCGUCUCGUCUCAAAAUGAUCAAUAUGAAGCAACGAACGAGGGUGUCUCUCAGGGUUCAUAUCAAAAGCCAUUGAAGUCAUCCAUGCGACAGCCACUAAUCCCAACUGAGGACUAUCCUGAAAAACAAGACGAGACCUUUUUUGCAUCCCUAACGAGGCUAAUGGCUCAAACCAUGGAAUCCACAGUCGAAAUCUUGUCCGGGUUUUUCCCCAUUUUCAAGAAAAAGCCUCACCACCCAGACCCACAUCAUCAUCAUCAAUACAAGCAGCAAAUCAAGUACUCAAACACUUGGCCCGUUCAAGAAAGUUUUGUCAUACCCGAUGAAGACGAGCCCCCUUCCAUCGACACAAGGACGCCGACUCCUAAAAAGACGUAUGCUUUCAUGGCAAAAGAUUCGGAGAAAAUGCAGCAGCUUAAACAGAGCAGGGCUUUUUAUUCUGGCUGGGAGGGUGAUUUUCAGAAGCAGAGCAAUAAGAGUCACCAAAAUCAGUUCAUGUAUCGUUCGGCGGCCCCACAGACGUACUAUGAGCAGAGUUCUGAGAUUGUCUUUGGGGCCAUUCAAGAACAGGACAAGGAGGGAAAAAGUGUGGUGAUCAAGCCUCUAGACCAUCAUGCCUAUGAUCAACACAAGGUUCGGGCUCGGGCUGGGUACGUGUGCGGGCCUUGAUUUUGUGAAAUUGUUUGUUGAUUUCUUGAGAAUCUGAGAUUAUUACUUGGUGGCCUGAAUUUGGUUGGAAGCUUGAGGUGUAGCUAGGUGGGAAAUUAUAUUUAGUUUGUUUGAGAGUGGGAACCUUGUUUAUUGGGGGAGUAGAAUUAGUAUGUUUUUAUAUAUUUUCUGUGUUAAGUGAAAAAAAAUGUAUGUAUGUGGAGAGAAAUUGAUUGAAUUUUUACCUGUGUGUGUGUGUGUGCGCGCUCUAUUCGUUUAGUUUAUUCCCCUUGGCCAAAGACAAAAACUCUUGUUGGUUUAAUCAAACUCAAAUUGUUGAAUGUCAGAUCCAAUGCAC